GAAAAUUGUCUUUGGCAUAAGACUAAGUAUUGGCUUGUCCCUGUUAUAAAAUACAAUAAAUGCAAUAUUUUAACAGUUAUUUUUUUUUUAAAUAUGAGUUAAAGUUAGCUUAUACUCUGAUGCAGACAAUAUACGUACUGUUCAAAUAAAAAUCGUAAUAUUUCAUUUUUCUAAUAUGGCUAGUGAAGAUGUUAUUGAGUUGGGAUCUUCUGAUGAUGAAGCUGAACCAGCUCCAAAGAAGAGAAAACCGAUGCCCAAUGCCAUGGUUGUUAUCCCGAAUAAGUUUCCUGGUUUAACUAUUAAACCAUCUCAUUCAAAUCAGUUUCGUAAACAGAAGGAUAUUUUAAAUAAACCAAUUAUAUUUAAUAAAUUGGUAAGUAAUGUAAAUUCAAAUGUUCAUAGGAAAAAAGUAGUAACUGGGUCUCUCCAAUCUCCACUUAAAAAUUAUACUACUACCAAAAUUGUGAAAACUGCAAUACCUAUACAAAACAAGUUCUUAAACCCAUUGAGUAUUGCAAAGAAUUUAUUUAAUAAUCAAGUAUCAAUUCCUAAACCACAAACAAGAGGUUUAAAGAAACAAACAGAAGCUAAAGGCUCAAGCCUCUUAAAUAAUUUACCUCCAGGUAUUACUAUUAAAUUAGUACAGAAUUCUUGUCCACUAGUUAAUCAAGACAAAAUUAGGACAUCCCAAAGUACUGUAGGAGAAGUAUUGACUGUUGAAAUAGAUGAUGAGGAGACAUCUGAAACAUCAACAUCAAGCCCACAGUGGUAUAUACGACCCGAGGAUCAAGUAGAUGAGAAUGAAAAAAAAAUUGAAGACAACAAUGAACUUAAAGUAGAAACUUCAAUACAAGAACAGAAUAACAAAGAGCCUGACAAAUCUAAAUAUGUUGAAAUCACAAUAGAAGAUAGCCCUUUAAAGCCUCUAACACAAAAACAGGACAGUGAAAUUGGUAAAGAGCUGGCGAUUACAAUUGAAGACAGUCCCGCUAAACCUACACCAUAUAAGUCUAAUAACGGGGACGGUGAUUUUGAAAACAGGAAUAUCAAAGAACCUCAUAGUAAGAAGAAAUUAGAUUAUCCCAAAGAAAACAAUGACGAGAGACAGGUUGUUGAAAUAGAAAUAGAUCUUAAUGAUACUAGUUAUUCUGAGAUUAAGGAAAAUGAUGAUAGUACUGAAAAAUGUCAACAAAUUGAUACCAGAAAUGAAACACAAAAAUGUAAAGGAAUUGAUACACCACCAGUUGGCAAUAAAUCUGAGUGUAAUGAAGCUAAAACAAAUAAUUCCGAGAAUUCUAUUGAAAGUAAAGUUAGCACAGAAAUAAGUGAUACUGAAUUCCAUCCUGUGUAUCAGAAUUUCAUCGACAUAUGUUUUGAACUAGAAAAUUCUGAUGAUAUGAAAAAGAUAGUUGAUAAGAAAAUUAAAGCGUAUUACAAACAGUGUCCAAAAGUAUAUGUCGAGUCUACCGAUUUUAUAGAUAUGGUCUCCACAAAAAUAGUUUUGAUGAAGGCCAGUCCAGAAAAAAUGUAUUUGUAUAUAAAAGAUGUUGUGGAUGAACUUAAUUUACAAAGAAAAAUGGCCAAAUCUGCAUGUACUACGGAAGACACACAACAAGAUCCAGCAAAUACUUUACCUGCUGAAUCUGAGCGAGACAGCAAGAAAAUGAUACAGAUUCGAAAACUGGAGAAGACUAUCAAGAAAUUACACAGAGCAAUACAGAAACUCGAGCAGCAAGAGGUUGACUUUGAUGAUGACGAGGAUUCAGUUUAUUUAUUGACAGAGAGAUAUAAAGAACGCAUGGUACGAGUUCAUAAGAAGUUUUGUCAGCUCACCAACACGAAGAUGCCAUCGGAACCAAGGAUACACAUUGAAUCAAGACCUGGCCGUCCUACAGGUCCAGCAAAAAGAGUAGAGAAGUGGAUCAAUAAGAAAGUGCCUAUUGGAGCUCCAUUACCAUUCCCAGAUUUUCAUGAUGUACUACAUUGUGUACGUGACGCCAAUGACGAUGAUAGACUGGGAUGGAAUGAAUAUGAAAUUAUGGAGGAAGCGAGAGAUUUGUUUACAAGAUGUGGCAAGAAACUUCAAAGACGGCGACAGGAGAAUGAAUGGAGAUUAGCUGUGUCAAGGAUUACACAAGUAUUGGAUCCCGCAGAAGAAAAUAUUGAUUUGAAGAAACGAUUAGAAGAAAACGAAGCUUUGGCCACGUCUAAAGAAUUAGAACUAUUUAAAAAAUUUGUGGACAAACAAAAUCAAUUGAAACUAGAAGCCGUCGAAAUCGGUGAUAAAGAAGCAGAAGAGUCACCGUUGGAGAGUGAUGAUGAAGAAGAAGUGGUUGAAAGUAAACAUUCGGCAGAAGAAAAACAGAAGAGAAAGGAAAAAAUUAAAGAGCUGCUGCAGGAUAAAGGCAAAAAGACUUUAGAAGCGGAAAACUACGUUGAUUCUAUAAAAGAAAAAGAUAACACUGGAGUAGAAUCUGCUGAAAAACAAGAUGGAGUUGAUGGAAAUGAAGACAAACACAUGACAGGAACUAAUCUAGAAUCUAAAGAACAAUAUGAAACUAAAAAUGAAGACGGAAAUAGUGAAGUUAUUGAUGAAAAUAUCGAUAAGAUAGAGCAAGUAGAUGGCGGUAGUGAGAGUGAUAAAGUUGAAUCCGAUGUUGACGAAUUACAUUUAUAUCAGGAAUCACGUAAAUGUCAUGACGACGAAGCGAAUAGUUCGGCUCUGGAGUCCUCUGACUCUGAAAUACCAAUCGCGAUUUCGGACACCUCAGAGUCGGAGAUCGAAAUGGAGAAUGAUAAGAAAAUGAGUGACAUAAUCAGCAUUGAAGAUUCUAGUUACUCAGAGUCAGAAUCUACUUACGAUAGGUUUGCUUGUACGAAAAAUGAUUAUAUUUUAGGUAAUGUUUAUGGUGAAUUUGAAUAUUCAUGCAUGGGCGGCGUUGAGUCCAAACAGGACGAAGUUGUUCUUGAUGAAGAUGUUGUUUUGGAAUCAUCAGACGAGGAAUCAAAUAAAGAUGUGGCUUCAGGAAUCGGUGACACUUGUAUUAAUUUGAAAGAUGAUAAUAUAUCGAUCUCAGAAACAAUUGUAGAUGGGGAAAGUAUGGAACAAGAUAUUAGUAUUAAUGAAAUAAAUGGUACAUUUGACAAUAACAAUGAAUUGAAGGCAUGUGUGGCAAAUGCAACAAGUAGUGAACGUGAAUUGAUCAUACAAGAAUGCUCUGAAAAAGUUGGAAGUGAGGUUUUAAACAGAGUUCAUGCAAAAGAAUUCCCAGAAUCGGCUGAAAUGAAAAAUGUACCGGAUGAAAAUUCAAUUGUUCGAAUGGAAACUGGUGUUAAUGAGGAUAAAGGACAGUUUCAGAAUUGUAGCACUUUGGCGACCCAAGAGGUUGUUGGUAGUCACUGUGAAAAAAUAUCAGAAACAGUGCAGCCAAUAAGUUGAACAUUACAAUAAACAGAAUUACAAUUAAUAUUGCUAGCGUAGACUUAAAUAUUAACGAAAAUGUAUAUAUAAUGUAUAAAAUCAAUCAAAAGACUUGAACCUAUGUCAUAUGUCUAUAUAAUGCUGAAUUUAGAGUUUAGUUACUUAGGAGGCAUUUAGUGAUGUAAAAUGAUUUAAACAGUAUUUAUUUCGUGAUAUUGAGAAUAUUGUCUAAAUCAUAUGAGACCUGAUCUCUAACAAGUAAUUUAAGGAAAUAAGUUUUAAAAUGUAUCGCGUUUAACAGCUGGUCCAUUGAGGAAUAAAUUGUCAAUAUAUUUUAUUAAUUUUCAUAAAAAAAAAAUUCUGAACAUAUUGUUUAGUUAGUCAUAUGAUGAGUUAUUUGCUCUGAAAGUUGUAGUGUGUUUAAUUAUUACUGUUUAAAUAAAUACUUCAGUUUGGUUUUUUUAAUAGUCCAUUUUAAGUAAUUUUAUGUUGUACAAUGUUAUUCUAAAGUCCAUGGGAGUAUGUUUGCUCUAUGAUCCGAUUGUUGAUCGAGAACAUUAAUAAAAAAAUUGUAUAUCUAAAUUGUCUAAUAAAUAUUUCGCCAAAGAACAAUGAAAAAAAUCUCGUCGAAAUAAACCAUCAGAAUUUA